CAUCAAAAACCUUUUUUGAAAACCUUUUCAAAAUCAAACCAAAAUCUUUUCUUUUUGAAUAAAUAUCUUUAGAAUAAAAAUUAUUCAGGAUUACGCGAAGAAAUUGUUUUAAUUUUAUUUUUUUGAUUGGGAAAUUUUGCGCUUCAUUUAAAAAUAAUGCAAAAAUCAUAAACUCAACCUAACUUGAUUGUCUUAAAUAUGCCAUGAAUAUUAACGUUUGAAUUUACACUGAAGAUGUGCCAUAUCGUCGCCUCCAAAAAACGAUCAGUCAUCGUCUCGAAAUAAAUUUCCCCAAUUUAUUAUCGCAUUAAAGCACCAAAACGCCAGCCACUUCUAUGUACCCAAUGUCCCACCGUAUUGGACAGCAAACCAUCGCAACUCAACCCAACGCAAAGCCCUCGCCUAAAACAAUGAAUUUAAAUUUCCGUAGACCUCUUUUGGACGGGGAUCCCGUCCGAGCCGAGGUUGGGUACCAACAACACCCAGACGCUUCCGUUUGCUUAGGAAGCCCACCACGAUCGUCGAAUAAAUUUGCUGCCAACCACACAAAUUUAAACACAAUCGCCACCACCACCACCCACACACAGCGCAUAACGCGAGGCCACUUUUCAGGAUUCAUGAGACCGGUAUUCGCGGAAAGUGCUAAUUUUGUGAUUUGUAUUCCAUUUGAAGGGUCUCCCCCCCGUAUGGCAGAGCUAGCUCAAGGACACGUGUCUACGUGGUGAAGUCGCGCACAUAGUGUUGAAAACGGAUAUUGUUAGUGAAAUCGGCCGGAAAUACGAGUCCGGGGGUUGAAAUCGGGGAUUUCCGGGCGCACGAAGAAUCACCAUCGGAUUCAGCCGGGAUCAGUGUUCGGCAAUUAGUGGAUACUGCCGGAAGCCGGAAUGAAUCGACGACGAUGAUGAAAUGUAUGUGUUUGUCACUGGCGAUGCCAGGCCAGGCCGAAGUUGUUGAAUGUUGAAGCUGCUGUCGUUGCCAGUGUAGGCGUCAUGCCGUGAAUCUGUGUGUAUAUGCCAAGCCAGAGUGUGCAGUGAAGAACACCAGCAGUGUGAAACACGAAAAAGGUUUCGAUUAUUCUGAUUUUAUUGGUGCGAAUGUGUGUGUGUGAGUGUUCGGAUUUCGUCAUAAAUGAUUAAUUCCCAGCAGCAGCGUGCUGCACUUGACACUGGUACGACGGGACUACUCUGAGGAUUACCGGAUGGCGCAUCGAGGCGUGCUGGAUUCUCGCUAAAAGACUUCAUCCCAACCGCCGGCAGUGGCCCAAGUGCAAAAUUUGUUCUGACGAUGAAGCUGCAGGCCCGGUCCGGCCGAGAAGAGAUUCAUAAAUACGUGACUUUACGAGCUGAUGCCAACGCCGUGCUCAACGCGACGACGUGGAUUCGGAGUGAUCUCGUUGAUUGUUGUCCCCAAAGUUGUUGGUCAGCGACACCCUCGUCAACGCGGGAGGAAGACGCCAUGCCGCAGGUCCUCCACCUCCACCGCAGUUGAGCCGCGGGGACACGCCCGCGACGGAUAUUCAAAUUAAAUGGGUGAUGUCCUAUAAAUCAGCCCCCUCUUUAAUACCGCACGACGACGAAUUCCACCGCCGGACACUUUGGAAUGAGUGCUCUCUCAUUACGGUUUUGCGGAGUGUUGGAAAUAUGAGUGUGCGCGUGCUCGAUUUUUGCGGGGAACGUUAGUUUAAGUAGAAUGUGUUCAACCUUGGGUGCCAGAGAAAUGCUUUGAUGAAGGUGAGGAUAAGUCUCACUUUGUACGCUUCCUAACGCUGUGAUAAAUACACCACUGUGAAUCUGAAAACGUAAAAGCACACGUAGUCACACACCGCCGAGAAUAUCCCACCUUGAUCCGAGGCCGAAGUGCUACCAGAAGAAGUUUCACCCGGAAAAACUCUAUCCAAACAACUUAACGAGGUCCCCUUGGGGGCCAAAGCAAGAGUAAACAAUCCACAAAAGUUGUUCCUUUGUACUGCUGCACCUCUAGACACUAGAACGUCGCCGAAAAUGUUCAACCAGCAAAGUUUGGGCGCUCUAAACACGAAUCAGUACAUGUACCGAAGCUAUCCGAACCUGCCCUACCCGCUGCCAGUUUCCGGCCAGCAGCAACAGACCGCCGCCACGUCAUACCCGCUGCACCACUCGAUGACCCUUCCAUGACAUUACGGCCAAAGCCGACAGCAGACUACCAGCAGCAGUAACAUCAACAACAACAACGCCACCACCAACCGACAGAAAAACAAUUGCUACUAUUGCAACAACAACAUCAAUCUCACCUGCACCUGUUUGUCGUCGAGUGCCCUCGGAUACUUUUACUCGACGUCACAAACCCUCAACUCGGCCCCCUCGACCCUCCCCAGGCGAUCCCGGCCCACCAACCACCACUACCUAGCCGGGUGGAAUCCUCCGCAGGUUCCACUGCUCCCACCGUACCCGUUCCAACAGGCCCCACCCGCGACCCACCAUCCCGUGGCCACCAAGUCCACGUCGACCUCGACAGACGUUCGCCGGCAGCAGAACCAGGAAUCACAAGUCGACGAAACAAUGCUCGGCAUUAACCACGCGCCCUCCUCCGAUCCGGAUUCCCCUGCCCUAUCGGCGUCCCCUCCACCGGCCCCCGCCCCACGACCCCCACCCGUUCGGAACGGCUGCCAGCGGUGUCGAUUCAAUGCCUCGGUCAACUCCUCACUGAACAGGUCCCACCAGCACCUCACCUCCUCGGAUAGUGCCAACAACACCCUAACGCGGGGGAGCGUCCAUAACAGCAGCCUCCGUGGCGGUGGCGAUGGCCGGAACCACAUUGCCACCAGCACCGGCCAUUUGCAUACUGCCGGGUCCACUGCAUCGAACCAGGUGACGGUGGCUUCAACGGGACAUCACGCACACAACGGAACGUAUCCUGGCGGUGGUGGCGGCAGCUACGACCGGGGCCGGCUGCUGGAGGAGGAGGACUCUGCCUAUCCGGCACUGCUGGAACGCGAGCUGCACUCACUGCAUCGGAAUGUUCCGGCGCUGCGACGGGCCGGCGUCGACACAACUGCAAUUAGACAGCACUUCUACCCGGACGGUGGCUGGGGCUGGAUUGUUUGCGGUGUGGCCUUCCUGGCGCAUGUCCUCACGACGGGCUUCCAGCUGAGCUACGGACUGCUGCUGCUGUACGCGAUACGCCACCUGGGCCACGAGGUGAAUACCGAAGCAGGCUGGCUGGGUGCCGCUAGCUGGGCCAUGUCGCUGCUGGCGGCCACCGUCGUGGUGGCCCUGUGCCGCCGCAAGUCAACCCGGCUGACGGCCGUCCUCGGUGGCCUCGUGAUGGCGCUCGGGAUCCUAUUCACCUCGUUCGCGACCCAGCUGCACCAGGUGGCGUUUAGCUACGGAGUGAUUGUGGGCAUCGGGGCCGCAAUGGUCCGGGAGUCGGCCGCCGUGAUGCUGGGCCAUUACUUCAAGCGGCGGAGACAAUUUGUCGAAAUGAUCACGAUGUCGGGCGAAGGUGUCGGCGUGGCACUGUUCUCUGUGAUACUCAAGGAGGGCGUCGGGAAGAUGGGCUGGCGCUUGGGCCUGCAGGCCGUCACCGGGCUGGUUUCGUUCAGCUUCUUCAUGGGACUGCUGUACCGGCCGGCCUCACUCUACCAUCCGCAGCGGCGUGCGAUUCUGCAUCUGAAGAACCAACGGAAGAAGGUGAAGGAAAAGAAGACCCACGUCCGCACGCCGAAGCCCCCGUUCCUGGACUUUAGCCCGCUGAAGCUGCCCUCGGUGCGGAUGCUGUCGAUUUCGGCGGCCGUGGCCGCGUUCGGCAUCUACUCGCCCAUCUUCUUCCUGUCUCUUCACGGAUUUGCCGAAGGAUACGACAUGCAGGACCUGGUCCUGCUCCAGACCUUCCUCGGGCUUUCGAUUGCGCUGGGGAUCGUGUUCAGCGGGUCGUCCAUCAACAAAACGCUGGAGGUGUCCUUCAAGAAGAUCCGAAUAUCUCGUCAAUAUGUUUGCCAGGGCUGUGUUACGUUGGUGUCCCUGUCGCUGCUGGUGCUGUCGGCGGUGGCCGACUACCGGGGCCUGUGCUUCUCGGCGUGGGCCUACGGGCUCGGUCUCGGUGGCUACCGGUACACGCUGAAGAUGCUGGCCAUCGAGCGGAUCCGCGGCAAGUACUUCUCCAAGGCUUGGGGCUUCAUCAAGAGUGCGGAAUCACUGCCGGUGCUGUUCGGGGUGCCACUGUGCGCCUUCUUGAACGAUUCUUCCCACCGGUAUGGGCGCGCCGGGUACUACAUCUGUGCGGCCAGUGCUGCCAUCUCGGCGAUUAUUCUGUUUUUCGUGGGCCAUCCGGACGGGAAGAACAUGAAGUAUUCGGCGAAUGGAUCCAUUACAUCACGGUGCACGGCACCGACCUCGUCAAGCGACUGCCAGCAUGUGCUCAACCGAAGCUUCUCGUCGCAGCGUUUUAACAAUCAGUGGUAUCCCAACGCUACCACCACCUCCAACAACACCAACACCCACGCCACCAACCUGUCCAGUAGCGGUGGAGCCGCGGCAGCCUCCACCGCCGGAACGUUCCCCGGUGGACAUCGGGCGCAGCACCACCACCACCUGCAGCAGCAGCAGCAUCAACUGCCCCAGCAACGGUGCCUCUCGACUCAAUUCAUGAACGGUGGCCCGGGAAUGUUCCACAGCUCGAUGGCACUAGCCGAUGGGGGAGGAGGUGGCGGAACGACCACCGGUUACAACUAUCACAGUCCGUACUGCCAGAGUAGCGCCAACGGGCGGCUCCACAAGAGCCUUUCGUUUGCCUUCCAGACUCCGAUGAUGGGUAACGACGAGGAGCCACGGGUUCACCACGGGUAUCAUCAGCAUCAGCAGCAGCAGCAGCAUCAACAGCAGGGAGCGACCUCUAGUCAUCUGCCCCAGUAUCCGGGCGAAUACCCGCCAAGCAGAUGCUACUCCAGGUGCGAGAUCCACAACCCGACCCCCUCCCACCAGCGUGACUCCCUGCGUCGACCGCCAUCGGCCGCGGCCGGGCCCGGCACCACGUCAUCGCAGUACUUCUGCACCAACGGCCUGCAGCACAACCCAUCCCGCAGCCGCAGCGUGCCCGAGGGCCUCGCCAACGGGGGACACCAGCGGGGCGGCGGUACGGGCGCGGGCGAUUGCCACCACUGGAACCACUGCCACUGGACCACCACCAACGGGGUCAACUUUUGCCGGCCGACGCGGCCCAUCCAGGUGGUGGAACAGAUCACCACGUCCGUUUGACUAAAGUUUAAGAUCAUGCGCUUUUUCCUCUGCGUUUCGAUUCACCUGCUGGAGGGACUGUUUUCGUAGAUAUGCGUCGCGUUACGAUGACCCUCGCAGGGUAGAACACCGUGGGAGCAAUUCUGUCUCAAUUCUGAGAUAUAGUUAUAAGGUGACGACUAUGGAAGUCUGAAAGUCACUUUUUUUUGGUUCGGAGAUGUACAUUUUUCUUCCCUCAAAAUUUUUCCCAAAAUUCCUUUUACAAAUUGUUAAGAAUAGUACCCUACAUGUGCAUUUUUCAAGUGCCAGUUUUAAGAAAAUCAUUAUUUUUCUAUGAAAUCUUAAAAAUUAAACACACGAUGACGAUUUAUUUAGUUCUCUGCAUUACCUUCUUUGCUUUGGAAAAUGUUAUCAAAACUAAGUUCAUCAACUUUUGUCUGAUAAAUGUCAGCACUGCUCAUAUUGCCUUUGCUGUCUCAUUGUUUGAAAAAUGCAUUUUAUCCAUUCAAAGGCAUAUUUCAUAUAUGUUUUUCCCUAAUUAAUUUCUUCAAACCCUAAAAGAAAUAAUUAGCUUAAACAGCUUUAAUAUUUUGACCAAAAAAAAACAACAUUAUACAUUUCAGAGAAUUGCUCCCCAACCGUUGCAGAGGAAAAUCGCAUCCCCCCAUUCAUAAAUCAUCAUCACUUGCGUGCGCUCAAAGCGUUGCAUUUAACCAUCAGUUUAGCGGAAAAUAUCGAAAAACGGCACUUUUGAAUUUUAAUCAUAAAUAAAUAAUAAUAAAUGUGUUCAACGCACGCGGAGUAAUUAAUCGGCCGAGUGGAAGUCAAGUUUGGAAAACAUUGUGCUUGCAGCAGUGAGGGGGUUCGCGAUUGAGUAUGCUCAAUCUAAUUAACGACUAAAUUAGCAAAUUUGCGGAAAUAAUGUGUGUGCACUUGUGCGUGUGUGUGUGCGAAAGUGUGCGCGCGAGUUUAAACCACCCCUCCCACUGGCUCACUGGCGUAAAACUCCCCUCACUCGAAUAAGAACGAAAUUUAAUCACCCAAACCGCACGCAAUGACCCCGGGGGUGGGAGAGGGCACCAGGGAGACUUUGCUGAAUGUGCCCGCGAGGCUGGGAAAAGCGUCAUUCUAAAAUGUGUAAAUAAUUAUUUCACGUAGCAGUAUAAUGGUUCCAAUCAGUUUUCGAGGUUUAUAAUUACGCGCAUUCACAUUUGUCAGCAGAAUCUGAAAGCGACAGUUAAAUGAGCGAAUGAAACUAGGUCGAGAG